CGGAUCAUGCGUACAGUGGGAGAACCUGCAUGUGUCGCCACGGGAACAUGAUAAUUUUAGUCUACAGAUUGUGUUGAUAAUGAUAGCAGUGGACACAGUUGUUUACUUUAUACUGGCCUGGUAUAUAGACAAUGUACAUCCAGGAUCUUAUGGUAUACCAAAGCCAUGGUAUUUUCCAUUCACAAGCUCUUACUGGUGUGGAACAUCACUUUGGGAAACAUGUUGUCUUAAACGUCUGUUAGGAAUUAAUCGUAGCAGACGUCGUUACUACCUCGUCAAUGAUGAUCCGGAAAAUGAUGAUGUCACUGUUGAUGAUGACUCAGGUAUUUCUGAUUUAAGUUUAUCUUUUGGAGUUAUUUCCCUUUCCAUUAUUUUAGGAAUUUAUAUAGAUAUUACCUAUAUUAAAAUAAAUCAAUGUUUAGUGAUAACAUGAAUGCUUUAUUGUGGAAAC